GUUCGUACAUCUUAUGUGUGCAGAGAAAUCCUGCGCUGAAGGAUGCAAGUGACGAGGAUGGAUGGACGCACGGAGAUGCAGGAGACGGUGGAUGCUGCUGCUGCUGCUGCUGCUGCUGCUGCUGCUGCUGUCAUCAUCGUGGAGAACGAAGCUGAGAGCAUGCCAGUGCUGGAGCAAAAGUCUCCUGUAACCGGACAAAAUCACAUGGACACUUGCCCCGUUUGCCAUCUAAACUUUCACAGCCGGGAGCCCAAACUUCUGCCGUGUUUGCACUCUUUUUGCAAGAAAUGUUUGCCCCCGCCGUCGAGGAAUUUGGCCGUGACAGAGCUGCCAAACUCUCAGGAUGACAGGGCGACCAAACCACUCAAUGUGAUCCGCUGUCCGGUGUGCAGGCAGGAGUGCAUGGAGGUGGACGUGAUGGAGAACGUCUUUGUGAAGGACACAGUUGAGGCUCCCAGCAGCACAAUGGAGAGGACAGUCCAGCUCUGUAUGACCUGCGAUGACAACACGGAAGCUGCCGGGUUUUGUGUGAACUGUGUUGAGUACCUGUGCAGCACCUGCGUGGAGGCCCACCAAAGAGUCAAAUUCACCAGAGACCACAACAUCAGACCGAUGACAGAGCUAUCACAAAAGGUCCACGGUGUGUCGACUCAGAGGCCGAUGUUCUGUGACAUCCACAAACAAGAGCCACUAAAGCUGUUCUGUGAGACCUGUGACCUGCUGACCUGUCGUGACUGCCAGCUAGUGAAGCACAAGGACCAUAAUUACCAGUUCCUUGAAGAUGCUUAUAAAAACCACAAACAGCACAUGGAGAACGUGACCCAUCAGCUAGAGGAGAAGAAGAAAGUCAUUGAAGAGGUAUCAAACUCCAUAAACAAUGGGCUUCUUCAGGUCGACCAGAACCGUUCGUCUGUUCGUAGUGAAAUAAAGAAAUCCAUCUGCAGUUUGAUUCUCGAGAUAAACAAGAAGGGCAAGAUGCUAAUUAAUCAACUUGAGGCUGUAACAAAGGAUCAUGAGAGUGUCUUGCGAAAACAACAGGAGGAUAUUGGCUAUCUAUCCAGACACCUGGAUCAUGUCAUCAACUUCACCAAAUGGGCCACAGCCAGGAAUGGGGGUACAGCCCUCUUGUAUUGUAAACGUUUGAUCUUGUUUCAGAUUGGAAACCUCCUUCAGGCAAAAUGCAGUACCUCAUUUGUACCACAGAGCACUGUGCGCUUCCAGUGUCGAUCCUCUUACUGGGCCUCAAAUGUUGAUCUCGGUUCUUUAGUGGUGGAGAGUGUACCAGGCCAACAGCUGGGUGGUGUUCAGGGAAUCCCUCAUCAGCUCCCCCACCAUGGGCAGGCCCCCUCAGGCUCACCCCACAGCUUUGCCCUGGGAGCACCCCAUAAUACUCUGGCUCAGCUCCAGAUGCAGGUGGACAAGCUAAACCCGCAGGCCCAUUGGCAGCCUCAACCACCUCCUCCACCCUGGACAUGGUACCAGAGUGUCAGACUACAGCGAAACCUCCCAGGGCCCCUGCAAGGAGGCUCUCCCUCCCACACUAUGCCUCCCCAACCGGGCCGCAGGUUUAUGGUGCUACCUCCCAACAACGCCAGUCCAACUAGCAGCUUACCAAGCCCUGGGUUCACGCCCCAGCCUCUGAGGGCGAUGGGAAACAGCUCCAGCUACCAACCCAAACCUAUGGAUGUGUUUUCCCCUCCACCUCUGUACCCCCAUAUAACACCACUGCCCGUCAAUGCUGGCACCACUUUACCCCAAUCACGACACACGAUUGAGCCCACAUAUCUGAAUAGAAGGAGUGAUUCAGGUGGUCCAAUAUAUAUGCUGAAACCAAACUAUUCCCACAUCCUGCCAUCUUCUUUGCCGCACAGCAAUGUGCAAGGACAGGAGAAUUCAGCAGAGUACGCUGCUGUAUCCCAGGAGGAGAAGCCAGGGACCGUAUCCUGGAAAGCUCCGGAAACACAUCAGACAAGUGGAGCCGUGGGCUCAGCUGUCAAGAAAAGACGAAGGUCUUCACCAGGUCCCGUCAUAGUCAUCAAGGAUGAGCCAGAUGAUGACGGUGGCUAUGUACAAGCUAACCAAAGAGCCAGCCUCCCUGACAGCACAGGUGACCAACCACAAAUAACAGCCCAAGAUGAAGUCCCGACUCGUCUUCAAAGCACAGAUGACAAACUCCAUGGCCCUUCACGGCCUCCAAGCAAUCCACAGGACCAGAGUAGCGCUAAUCAUGUCCGUUCACUGGAAGAACAACAGCACCAGGCUCUGCUGGAAGACUCAAAUGAAGCCCUGUGUGCCGUGUGUCAGACCGGUGGAGAGCUGCUGUGCUGCGAUAAGUGUCUAAAGGUUUUUCACCUCUCGUGCCACGUUCCAAGUCUCCUCAAAUCUCCCAGUGGCGAAUGGUUUUGCUCUUUCUGCCGUGACCUGCUAACGCCUGAGAUGAGGUACGAAAGCAAACCUGACGCCAAGACAGUAAAGAAGGAGCCAGAUACUGAAGGAGGAUUUCUCCCUGAAGACAAACAAAAGUGUGAGAGGCUGUUGCUGCACUUGUUUUGCAGUGACCUGAGUUCAGACUUCCAAGAGCCCCUAUCCGCCUCGGUGUGUGCUAAUAACAGGCUGACUGUAAAAGGACCCAUGAAGCUUUCCACUGUGAAAAAGCGACUGGAGGCUAAGCAGAGCCCGUGUUACCAAAGCGCUGCAGAGUUUGUAUCAGACAUCAGGCUCGUCUUUGAGAACUAUAACUCCCUCAGUGAGGUCGACACAAAAGUCACCGUGGCAGGCAAGAAGCUUAAGGAGCUGUUUGAAGAUCACCUGAGGGUCAUCUUCCCUGACCAGACCUUUCCAGAAAUCAAGCUGGAGACUGCCCCUCCUGACUCUCAGCUCUCAUCUCUUGACAACAUAUCCCAGAUUGCAAAGCGCCGGCGCACAUGUGCAGCCUUAGACCAGGAUACAGCAGGCUGUCCCGGUAGAGAGGAGGCAGCAUUAUGAGGGCACAAAUCUUCUUUAAUCGUUUAGAUGUUUGACAACACUGCCAGCACCAGCAAACAUGUGGUGUGGUACACUUGAAAAUGUUUUGUAUGUUUAAUGAAUAAAGUGUAUCGCAAGCAAACCUCUAUGAUGCAGGCCACCAAAUUCGGUAUAUUUUCUGGACUUAACUGCAUUUAGAUAACUAGAAAUGGCUUCUAUCUCUGGCGGGAGCUUAAAGAUUAAGACUUCAUGCAAAAAGUGCAUACAUGAAUCGCUAUAUGGUAAGCAGUGUUUUGUUUUGGUUUAGUUAUCAGUUGCUCUCACCAGGUGAUACAUAUGUUUACAUCAACAUUGAGCUAAUAGAUGAUGUGGUCAGGUCAGUUGUGUGUUCUGGUUUAGCUUCCGAUGUGUGAGAUGGUGUUACAUUCUAUUAUCACACAUUGUUACAUAAUAUUUCUUCUUGAUCUAAUU